AUGGCAUCUGGUUCUGGUACGCCAGAGUUCUCACAUCCUUCGUUACCGGUGUUUAAAGGAGAUGGCUAUGAGAGAUGGAGUGUCAAGAUGAUGACACUAUUUCAGAGCCUGGAUUUGUGGUCAGUUGUGGAGCAAGGGUCCCUAAAAGAAGGCAUAGAUGAACAAAAGAAGGAGAUGGCAGUGAAGAGACACACCCUCGGACAGAAGUUUGAUGUUCUUCAAAUGCGGGAGAAUGAAGAUAUACAACAAUAUGUUUCUAGAGUUAUUUCCUUGGUGAAUCAAUUUAAAGGUCUUAGGUAUGACUUAGAAGAAAAAGAAGUUGUUGCAAAGGUGAUGAGAAGUGUUAUACCAAAGUUUGACAAUGUGAUUACAACUAUCGAGGAAGCUAGAGAUCUUGAUAAACUGAUAUUUAGUGAAUUGAGUGGGGGCUUACAAGCAUAUGAGGCAAGGUUCGAUAGAUUCAGUGAUAGUGCAGCAGAUGAUAAAGUAUUUUACAUGAAAGGAGAGUCUUCUUCAGGUGCUGACAGUGAAGGUUACCGAGGUAGAAGGUUUUCUAGAGCAAGGGGCAGAUUCAUGAGAGGUAGAGGCAGAAGUUUUAGUGAAGGAAGAGGCAGAAGUAAUUUUCAUCAUGAUUAUAGACAAUAUCAGCAGCAACAGUUCAAUUCAAAUUUAAGAGAUUUUGGUAGUCCAAGACAUGGUGGAAGGCAAUAUGGUGGUCAGAAGUCUGGUAGAGGAAUGUUUCGGAAUGUCCAAUUCUUCAAUUGUGGGAAAUUUGGACAUAUGAAAUCUCAUUGUUGGCAUCAAGGCCCAAGUUCUAGGAAUGAACAAGGUUCAAGCUCUAGAAGUGAUCAAGGUUCAAGUGAAGCUGGACGUUUAUUUAUGGUGCAUGAAGGAAUGGAAGUGAAUCAUACUGACAUUUGGUUAUUAGAUAGUAGAGCUUCUAAUCACAUGACUGGAAGAAAGAAUUUUUUUCAUCAGCUAGAUGAAUUGAUCAUGCAUACAGUAAGAUUGGGUGAUGACAAGGAGGUGGCAGUGAAAGGAAAAGUGCAAAGGAAUGGCAAUAAUCUAUAUCCUGUUGUGUUUUCUGAAGUUGAUCUGGCUAAUAUUGUGAUCAGUGCUUGUGUAUAUGGCAAGCAAACUAGAUUACCAUUUGGUUCUGGCACUACUUGGAGAGCCAGGGGUAGAUUGCAGAUGGUUCAUGCUGAUGUCUGUGGACCUAUGCAAAUAGAAUCUCAUGGAGAAAGGCAGACUGUUGAGAAACUCAGAACUAUUAGAACUGACAAAGGGGGUGAAUUUUUAUCACGUGAAUUUGAAGCUUUCUGUGAAAAUCUGGGUAUAAGGCAUGAGUUGACAGCCCCAUAUACACCUCAGCAAAAUGGGCUUGCAGAGAGGAAAAAUAGAGUAUUGAUCGAAAAGGCAAGAUGUAUACUAAAAUUCAGUAAAUUGCCAAAUGAGUUUUGGACAGAAGCUGUGUUGACAGCUGCCUAUAUUUCAAACAUCUCUCCUACUAAGGCAAUCUUCAAUAAAACUCCAUUUGAAAGUUGGUUUGGGUUGAAGCCAAAAAUACAUCACUUGAGGACAUUUGGAUGUAUUGCUUAUCCUCAUAUGCAAAAGGUACAGAAAUUGGAUGACAGAGCUGUCAAAGGAAUACUUAUUAGGUAUGCUUACGCAGCUAAAGCUUACAGGAUAUAUAUUCCAAGUUCAAAGAAAGUAAUUAUUAGCAGAGAUGUGACUUUUGCAGAGAAUCACUACAAGAAACUAUUGAAUUAG